AUGAUUAAUUAUCAUUUUUUUCUAAUUGCAAUUCUAUUUAUUACAAUAAUACAUGCUGAACGUGCACGUAAUGACAAUCUUGAUGAUGAAGAAAACUUUUUAAAUACAAAUAAUAAUGAAGAAGAAAUUAUUGAAACAAUAAAACGUUUUUUGGGAAAAUCGAAAAAAACAACAACAUCAAAACCAACUUCUGAUGCUAUAUCAGCUCUCAUAACAACAACAUCAUCAUCUAUUCCUACGGACAAGUAUGGUAAAAAAUUCAAUGAUGCAUGUGGUGUUGGAAAUCCAUGUAAAAACGGUGGAACAUGUCGAACAUUACCUAGUGGUAGACAUUAUUGUUAUUGUACAGAUCAAUAUUAUGGAAGAAAUUGUGAAAAAAAAUUUAAAUCAACCGGUUAUAAAACCAAUAAUAAAAUAACGAAAAACUCUUGUUCAAGUUCACCAUGUCUUCAUGGAGGUGAAUGUGUGCCAUCAGAUAAAACAUUUUUUUGUCGAUGUAAAACACCUUAUUAUGGAACUAACUGUAAUAAACGUUUAUCUAAACGUGAAGAAAUUCUUGAUGAAUUAUUUGAAAGAUACAAUUAA